AUGACAAUCACUGUAAACCUUGCAGUAGGGUUUCUAAUAGUGCUUGUCGUUUCAUUUAUUUCGAUGCUUUCUGUUCUAACAUACUGCGUGCUCAUCAAACUUGAAAAAGAAACAUCAGAAGUGAUACAACAGAUGGAUAUUGAAAUGGAUAAAAUUGAUAAAGAGUCAACUCAACAUGAUGAACACGGUAACCCAAUUCUACAUUCAUAUGAAGAUGAAGAUUUCGUCUUUUAA